AUGAGAAACAUUGAAAGCGGACCUCAAGGCAGCCAUGGCACCGCAGCCAGCAAGGAUGCUGCGGCCUGGUUCUUCCUGGCACCGAAACCAAAAGAGUUAGUCAAACUCAAGUGCGGCGAUAAGUCAUUCUCCUUCCGCAAAUCUAUCCUCGUCAAAGACUCGGAAUACUUCAGGGCCUGUCUCACGAACCCUGCCUUCGUCGAGGCUCGCACCUCGACAAUUGUGUUCGACGAUAUCGAGCCCGAGCUCUUCGGUUUCUACCUGCAUAUGGUCUACUUGAGGGCGGCUGGCAAGCGAGUCGACACGACACCGAUCUUAUUCAAAGACGAUAGCCUCACCGCGCCCGGAAAAGGUCUUGCAGCAGUGGUCAAGCUGUACCAGAUAGCCGACCGUUUCUUGAACACAUCUCUUCUUUCCGAGCUAGGAAACGAAAUCGUUCAUUUCGCCGAGCAUGGAAGUUGUUCCGUCGAACUGCCUGGACCCCGGGCACUUCAAAAGCCUUUCGCGAAUCCCGACCAGCCCCGAAGAAAAGAGCAUCGCACGAUGAAUCCGGAGACACCGGUCGGAAGGAUAUGGUGGACGAAGGUCCUCAGGAAUGCCUACGACGUUUUGGACAAGGACAGAGCGGACCAGAAUUUCAUGAAAACCCGACUGGUCGAGAUCCUUUGCGACAAAGUACCGACCGAGCAUGCCUUCGACAUUGUUCCCGUUCUCUCGGAAAGCAAAGAAUUCCUAAGCGCCGUCUCAUUUUGUCUUGCGAAAAAGGUGUCCAGUCUCAAGGCACAAGUCAAAGUGCAGUCACGCGAGGUGGAGAGGCUCAGAUAUCAGAACCAGACGAGCGGCAGUCAGUUGGCGACCCUGCGAGCCACCACAAAUGCAGAGAUCAGCCGUCUUUAUAACAAAACGAGCCACAUGUCAGUCAUGCCCUCGUAUUCUUACCCAGACGACAGCAGUGACGACGACGAUGACUAUGAUGGCGGCAACGUGGGACAAGGCGACCCCGAUGGCAGCGGACAUGACUUUAGUUAUGAUCAUGAUGAUGACGGGGAACUUAACCAUGACGAUGUAGGCGGACAGGAAGAUGGUGAUGGUAUUGUGGGAGCUUACGAUGAAACCGACGUCGCCAGCGAAUAUGGCUAUGAUUGUGACGGCAACGGCCACGACGAUGACGGCGGGGGCUACUGCAGCGACGGCGGUUGCAGCGACGGCGAUUACAGCGAUGAUGGCUACAGUGAUGGCGGUGACAGCGACUAG